UUUUAAGCUAUGGUUGUUAAUAUGAAUACUAUUAAUACCUAGUUUAAGCUCCUCAAAGUGUCUUUCUCUGUUAAACUCUAAACUCAGAAUUUAUCAGAACCUCUGAGAUUUGCUUAAGUUCAGGUUUGAAACCAAACAACAGAGGGAAAAGUCUCAUCUGGGAAUGACCCUUUUGAGUGUUUUGUCUUUUGUUUUUGAUACAUUCUUGAUGUUGAGGGAAGGUAUCUGAUUAGCUUCGAUUUUGAUUGGUGAAGGAGCAUUAACCCUUUUCCCAAAAUCUUCUCUUUUUUAUUUUUUGUUUUCUUUCAUUCUUUCAUUCCCGAGAACUUGCACAGAAUUGACAGAAAAAGAGAGUAAUGGCACCAAAUUCUGCUGUCACAACAGCUGAGAAGUCCAGUGCCAACAACUUCACCUUGUUGCAAGCUCAUGAUUCGGACUCUCCCAUGUUUCCAGAGAAGCAGAAAGCCACAAGUCGCAAGCAGUUCACGUGGUUUCUUCUCCUUAAACUCCACAGGGUUAUGACAUGUUUGUCAUGGUUGACCAAUGGUCUCAAAUCCACUUUUGCUUUGGUCAAGAAGCGCGUUUCACUGGCUGACAUGAGCGACGAGGGUCCUAAGAGUAGAGGGAGGUUAUACAGGUUCAUCAAGGUGUUUCUUGCUCUCUCAAUUGGAGGCUUGGUAAUAGAGAUCAUUGCUCAUUUCAACCGAUGGAACUUGCACAUGAUUCAUCCUUGGGAGGUUCAGGGUCUGCUGCAAUGGUCCUAUAUGGCUUGGCUCUCUUUCAGGGAAGAUUAUGUUGCUCCUCUUGUUCUGCUUGUUUCGAAGUUCUGCAUUGUGCUCUUCUUGAUUCAGUCUCUGGAUCGCCUUGUUCUGUGCAUCGGAUGCUUCUGGAUCAAAUACAAGAAGUUGAAGCCAACCAUUGAUGCAGAUGCUUCUGAUCUUGAGGACCCUUCAAACUUUCCAAUGGUUCUUGUUCAGAUUCCCAUGUGCAAUGAGAGAGAGGUUUAUUCCCAAUCCAUUGGUGCUGCUGCUCAACUUGAUUGGCCAAAAGAUAGAAUCUUGAUUCAAGUGCUAGAUGAUUCGGAUGAUGGAAAUUUACAGAUGCUCAUCAAAGAGGAGGUUGCUUCUUGGAAAGAGAAAGGGAUCAACAUUCUGUACAGGCACAGAUUGAUUAGAACUGGGUAUAAAGCUGGGAAUCUUAAGUCAGCAAUGUCAUGUGACUAUGUUAAAGACUACGAAUUCGUGGCAAUUUUUGAUGCAGAUUUUCAGCCUAAUCCUGAUUUCCUCAAACUAACCAUUCCACAUUUCAAGGGAAAACCUGAUUUGGGGCUGGUCCAGGCUAGAUGGUCCUUUGUGAACAAAGAUGAGAAUCUACUGACAAGGCUCCAGAACAUUAACCUGUGCUUUCACUUUGAGGUAGAACAACAAGUUAAUGGCUAUUUCUUGAAUUUCUUUGGGUUCAAUGGAACAGCUGGAGUUUGGAGGAUAAAGGCUUUGGAGGAAUCAGGAGGGUGGUUGGAGAGGACCACAGUUGAGGACAUGGACAUUGCUGUCCGAGCUCACCUGAAUGGAUGGAAGUUUAUUUUUCUUAAUGAUGUCAAAGUUCUAUGUGAAUUACCAGAGUCUUAUGAAGCUUAUAAGAAACAACAACAUCGUUGGCACUCUGGUCCAAUGCAGCUUUUCAGGCUAUGUCUUCCUGCAAUAUUAACUUCCAAGAUAUCAGUCUGGAAGAAGUCUAAUUUGAUAUUUCUGUUCUUCCUAUUGAGGAAACUUAUACUUCCCUUCUACUCAUUCACCUUGUUUUGCAUCAUACUACCCUUGACUAUGUUCAUCCCUGAAUCUGAACUACCCCUUUGGGUGAUAUGUUAUGUCCCCAUUUUCAUGUCUUUCUUGAACAUCCUUCCAGCCCCAAAAUCUGUCCCUUUCCUAGUUCCUUAUCUUCUGUUUGAGAACACCAUGUCAGUUACAAAGUUCAAUGCCAUGAUUUCUGGACUGUUCCAGCUAGGAAGUGCCUAUGAGUGGGUAGUGACAAAGAAGACAGGGAGAUCCUCUGAGUCAGAUUUGUUAGCCUUGGCUGAGAGAGAAUCAAAAUCUUCAAAUGAAGAAAAGAUUCUCAGAAGACACUCAGAGUCUGGCUUGGAACUAUUAGGCAAACUGAAGCAAUCAGAAAUCCCUUCAAAGAAAAAAAGAAACAGACUCUACAGGAAGGAGCUUGCACUUGCACUUCUUUUGCUCACAGCAUCUGCAAGAAGCCUUUUGUCAGCACAUGGUGUUCAUUUCUACUUUUUGCUCUUCCAAGGAUUGUCAUUUCUCGUAAUGGGUUUGGACUUGAUCGGUGAACAGGUCUGCUGAAACAAAGAUUGCAAAUUUUUUUCAUUCGUGUUUUACAUCAAUACUUGGUGGAGUCCAGAUUUCAGUUGAUGUUCUUCAAGAUACAAUCGUAAGAUUACAUAGCAGCUGCCAAGAAAAUGAGAUAUAGAGUAAAGUUGAUUGUUCCAUAUAAAGAACAAUAAUAAGCAUUGAGGAUCCUAUCAUAUCAUAGACAAACAAAAUUAAUUUUUUUAUUUCUUUUCCCAAGACUUUGUCAGGGAGUGGUGAUUUAUUGGCUUCUUGUGGAUUUUCACUUAUGUAAAGCUUUAGGAUCAUUGAGAGAAUCUUGUUGGAACAUAACUGUAUUUAUUAUCUUUCAGAAUAGAUUAUGGAAUGAGUAACAUUUUCUCUCC